AUGAGUUUAUCGAUUAGAUAUGUUGAUUUAAAAUCAUGCUUGAUAAAAGAAAAUUUUAUUUGCUUUGUUCCGGUUUAUGAAUGUACUGGUGAAAAUUUAGCAAAUACAAUCGUCCAAAAAUUAAAAGAAAUUGGUUUAAGUUUGGAAUUUUUACGAGGGCAGGGAUAUGAUGGUGGAGCAAAUAUGUCAGUCAAAGAAGUAUCUAACUUUGUGCGUGAUUCUCCCAAAAGAGUUGAUUUAUUUAAAAAAAAAAUAAAUGAAAUUUUGCCUUCAUCAAAAUCAGUUUUGCUAGUGAAGUUGUGUGAAACUAGAUGGGUAGAAUCUCACGAGGCGAUUAUUCGGUUUUCCGAUAUGCUUGUACCUAUUGUACAAUUUUUGGAAGACAUGACAGUUAAUACGGAUGGAAAUAUACUUUCUAAAUGUAACGGACUUCUUCAUUCAAUAUUGACUUUUGAAUUUAUUUUGGCCUUAGAAGUAGCAGUAGAAAUAUUGUCUUUGACUUUGCCAAUAUCACGUAAAUUACAAGACCCUGGUUUGGAUUUGACAAAAUGUAUUGAAAUCAUACAGACUGUAUUAGAUGUUCUUAAAAACAAAAGACAAAAUGCAACAUUUAACAACAUUUUUAAUCGAGCCGUAUCAAAAGCCGAAAAUUUAAACAUUGAAGUUAAAACACCACGAAUAUGCAAACAACAAAUAAAUCGAUCAAACAACAUUACUUCAAGUCCUGAAGAAUAUUUUAAAAUUACGGUAUACUUCACAGUUUUGGACAAUUUCAUAACAUCUAUUCAAUCCAUGUUUUUUGACAACCAAAAUCCAAUAUUAUUUAAAAUCCAACAACUGACACCUUAUUAUUUACACAAUAAAUCUGAAGAACAUAUUAUAGAAGGUGCCACUUUUUAUGAAGCAGAUUUGCCUGGAUCCAUAGACGAAUUAAAAGGUGAAAUUGCAUUGUGGCAGCUGCAUUGGACUCAACAACCAGUAAAAAAGGAAAAAAUAAAUACAGCAAUAGACGCAUUCAAAGAAACUGAAGAUGGGUAUUUUCCAAACAUUCGUCAACUUUUACUAAUUUUAGCAAUAUUACCAGUAACAACAUCGACAAGUGAGAGGUCUUUCUCAACGCUAAAACGCAUAAAAACAUACUUGAGAACAAAAAUGGGGGAAAACCGUUUAAACGGGUUAGCUUUGCUUAAUAUCCAUAAACAAAUUGAUGUAAAACCUGAAGAAAUGUUAGAUAUGUUUUCAAAAUCUAAUCCUAGGAAAUUACAAUUAUCUUUAUCGUUAUAA